AUUAGAACGCACGAUACAUUUUAUAUGUACUAAAGGUGUAUAUAGUUCAUUUAUAGAUUUUCACGAUUGUUUUGAGCUGCGUAUUGUCGUUACGUUUCGUUAUCGCUACUUCAGUCUGUAUCUCUCUGUGAUUUAUCUUCCUUAUCCGUUUUCCUUCGUUUCUAUUUCCUUCAGGCAUUUCAAAUUCUAGCACCACCGUCAUCUAUUUUUUUGUCGAGUCAUCAUCCUGUUUACGUUAAUGUCCGGCGCUUCACCGCUCAACACCGCUGCCUGUGGUGCCGAUUUCCCGUCGUGGAAAGUGUUGCCGUCGACAAACAUAAGAAUCCACAAUCAGCUAACCCGCCGAUAGAGCUUCUGUGCCCGGCCGUUAUCGAAGGCGCUUCUGUUGCUUAAUCAUUCACUGAUGGCUGGGUUGCGCUAUAUUCCAGCCGCUGGGCUCUGAGCCGCCGACAAACUCAGGCGCCGCCUUGUUGCUUAGUCGCCUCUGCACCGCCCCUGGAACGCUGGUGGUGGGCCUGUCAAACACAGGCCAAUCUUGUUAGCUAUAUAGUGUGUGUGACGUGUGUCCGUAGUAGACGCUACUGAAAAGCCGGAAAGUUGACGACGUUUUAUUGGUGGAUGCUUAGAUCGGAAAUUCGCUCUAAGCAAAGUGUCGACUUGAACGAGCUACCGCAGACAGAGCUAUCAUGGCGACUUUGAAACCAUAUCUGAACGCAGUUCGACAGACGCUUAACGCGGCGAUGUGCGUUGAAAAUUUCAACUCACAGGUGGUCGAACGACAUAACAAACCGGAAGUGGAGGUUCGAGGUAACAAGGAACUCCUAUUGCGGCCUGUCACUGUUUCACGUAACGAUAAGGAACGUGUUCUCAUCGAACCGAGCAUUAAUUCGAUACGGGUGUCAAUCGCGGUGAAGCAGGCCGACGAAAUCGAGAAAAUUCUUUGCCACAAAUUUAUGCGAUUCAUGAUGAUGAGAGCGGAAAGUUUCAUCAUUCUUCGACGAAAGCCUAUUGAGGGUUACGACAUCUCCUUCCUCAUCACUAAUUUUCAUACGGAAGUGAUGUUCAAAAAUAAGUUGGUGGACUUUGUGAUCCAUUUUAUGGAGGAGAUCGACAAAGAGAUUUCAGAAAUGAAGUUAGCAUUAAACGCACGAGCUCGAAUAUCCGCUGAGGAGUUCCUCAAAAGGUUUUGAUCACAGCAGAUAAUCAAUAGGCCCAAUUAAAAAUAGGAUGAACCUCCUAAAAAAAGGCGGACGAUAAAACAAGGAAGCCUGAACAGUGAGCGCAAUGCGAAGUAUAGGAUGGGAGAAGCAGGUUAAGCUUCUGUCGGCCUCCAACACUAAUUUAAGCACAAGCAAAACGAACUGGGACGUAAUGUGGUAGCAUUUGCUGAUUGGUCUAAUGUAUGACACACAUACAUCUAUAUACACAUAAAACAUUUUAUAUAGCCAUUAUUCAGGAUAGUAUAUUUAUGAAACUAAUUAUCAUUAGUUAUUACUAUAAUAACGAUUAUUACACACAUUGUACAUGAAGAAUAACUGUGACAAAAUGUGCGAACUGAAGAUGGGUAGAGAACGCUACCAAUAGUGAUUACGAUGGAAUACGAGUAAUGAGAACGCCAAGAUAAUGAUCAUGGCGAAACAAAAAAAAAAUACAAAGAGUUGAAACGAUGCCUGCUUUACAAUGUAAGAAUGUGUAAGGAAAAAAUACAUUUCUGGUUGUUUGUAAUUUCUUCUUGAAAUAAAGUAGGUUGGUCUUCAUUUCUAUGUAUUAUCCGUAAGUGAUACUUAGAUAGACAAAGGGCAAGGAAGUACUACUAGAUCAAAAUGCAAGACCUCGUAGUCUGCAGUAGAUCGCUAAAAAGAGCUUUCUCCUUAUUGGAAUUUAUUUAAUGAGUUAACUAGAUAUAGUUAUAGAUGUACCUUGUUGCCUAAUAACUAACCUCCAUUUACGAUGUCAUAUUAUAGAUGUAUAACAAGUGUGAUAUAAAGAUAUUUUAUUCAGCUGGCUGAAUCUGGUAAGGUUUCGAAGUUGUCAUUUGAUCAAUUCACUUGGCACUCACGUUAUCGGGCCCACGUAGUCAAGGCUCAUAACGGUGUAAAACAAUACAAAGGCACAUACAGCAUACACCAUGCCAUUUAAAAAUAGCACACGACCUCUAAUCGUGCAACCAAAGACAAAACAGAUCGUUUUGUAUAAAACAUACAUUUAUUAUGAAAUCGUCAAAAUGCAUUUUGUCGACCGUUUUUGUGACCAAAUGAAUAAACUAUGCCUGCUUUCCCGGUUGAAAACGACAACCAUUUGUUGUUAAUAAAUUAAAUAUUUCUCUUUUUCUAUUAACAUCUGUUAUCGUGUUAUUCGCUCACGGUUAUAAUAACAUACAACAAUUAAUAUAAAGUGUCAUUAAUUUUGUGUCACUGUGUUAAUUUUCCUUCUAACAUUUUCCUGUAACUGCUUAAACGGUUCUUUUCGGCUGGGCUUCGGCUUUUCUUUUCUUGAAUACUAUACGACUGUAACAUACAGUAUUCGUGCCAUCUUAACAUAAAAAAAUACUCAUUGCCACAGCAUGAUUAGGUAAGGCACGUUCCUAUACAGAUGUCUACAUACACAACGUGCAUAGCGAAUCUACAAACACUUAUAUAAAUACACGGUCACAGAAUUUUAUGCCAUAAAACGUACGCACUUCCAUAUCGAUGUUUCUAUCCGCAACACACACGCAAUGAAAGGAUUAGGUAAAAAUAAUUAAUCUGUGUCACAUCUCGUUUGAAAGGAUGGAUGUAUUCUUUCACAGGAAGAAAAAUAUUUCACUGCAUUAACAACAAUAUCGUAACACUUGGCAAAAGGGUUCAUAUCUUUUAGCCAAACUUUUCAAUAAAGACUGCAAUUGCAUCUUUAAAAGUAUAACACCAACAAUUGCGUCAGCUAGUAAUAACAUUCUUAAGGCUGAGCAGGUCUUUAUUCCUACACUCUUAAUUAACAGGACGAGGCACAAAACCUCAAAUAAAUAUUUAAACUUUUCAGAAGAAAGAUUCAAAUUCGAAAAAAGUAACCGUGUGUUUGCAAAAUGCAUAGCAAGAAUCAGUAUCUUGAGCUGGUUCCAAUGAUCGAAUUUAAGAGUACACUGAAUAAUUUCCACAAUAAAUGUGCUAUUGAACUCAUGACUGUACUCAUGGCUUUCAGCCAAAAGAGUCUUCCUGUUUCUCCAUUUCGUUUGCAGAGCUUUUCUCGAGCGUAUGUUUCACAACUAACUGUACAAUACAAACACAUCUUGUUUCAACAGAUUAUAUAUAUAUAUAUAUAACCGUCUUCAAAAAAAA